AUGUGUGAAGAAGAGGACAGCACCGCCCUGGUGUGUGACAAUGGCUCUGGGCUCUGCAAGGCGGGCUUCGCUGGGGACGAUGCUCCCAGAGCUGUUUUCCCAUCCAUUGUGGGACGUCCCAGACAUCAGGGAGUGAUGGUAGGAAUGGGACAAAAGGACAGCUACGUGGGUGAUGAAGCACAGAGCAAAAGAGGCAUCCUGACCCUGAAGUACCCGAUAGAACACGGCAUCAUCACCAACUGGGACGACAUGGAAAAGAUCUGGCACCACUCUUUCUACAAUGAACUUCGUGUUGCCCCUGAAGAGCAUCCAACCCUGCUCACCGAGGCACCCCUGAACCCCAAGGCCAACCGGGAGAAAAUGACCCAGAUCAUGUUCGAGACGUUCAAUGUCCCAGCCAUGUAUGUGGCCAUUCAGGCGGUGCUGUCCCUCUAUGCCUCUGGACGUACAACUGGCAUCGUGCUGGACUCCGGAGAUGGUGUCACCCACAACGUGCCCAUCUACGAGGGCUACGCCCUGCCCCACGCCAUCAUGCGUCUGGACCUGGCUGGCCGAGACCUCACCGACUACCUCAUGAAGAUCCUGACGGAGCGUGGCUACUCCUUCGUGACUACGGCUGAGCGCGAGAUUGUCCGAGACAUCAAGGAGAAACUGUGCUAUGUAGCUCUGGACUUUGAGAAUGAGAUGGCCACUGCUGCAUCCUCCUCCUCCCUCGAGAAGAGCUAUGAGCUGCCAGAUGGGCAGGUGAUCACCAUUGGGAAUGAGCGCUUCCGCUGCCCGGAGACGCUGUUCCAGCCUUCCUUCAUCGGGAUGGAGUCCGCUGGCAUCCAUGAAACCACCUACAACAGCAUCAUGAAGUGUGACAUUGACAUCAGGAAGGACCUCUAUGCGAACAACGUCCUCUCAGGGGGCACCACCAUGUACCCUGGCAUUGCUGACCGCAUGCAGAAAGAGAUCACGGCCCUGGCACCCAGCACCAUGAAGAUCAAGAUCAUUGCCCCUCCGGAGCGCAAAUACUCGGUCUGGAUCGGCGGCUCCAUCCUGGCUUCUCUGUCCACCUUCCAGCAGAUGUGGAUCAGCAAACAGGAGUAUGAUGAAGCCGGGCCAUCCAUUGUCCACCGCAAAUGCUUCUAA